AUGAGCAGCAUGUCGCAACUCGCCCACUGGAAGCCCUCGUGUCUGAUGGUCGGUCUUCUGGGACUGACUGCUUUCUCCCCUGUCCACGCAUUCCCUGCUCAGCCAGCUCCGACUGCGCACAAAGCUCAAUCCGCACCAGCGAUAGAGCCUCGCGACCCGAGACUCAUCCCCGACACCGAGGCAUACCUGUCCGAUAUAUUCAACUUGCUCGGUGUGAGUCUGUCAUCCUCCUCGACCACCGAAAUGGUUGCCAUCGCGACACCCACAAUUUCCAUCCCCACCACAACGGUACCACCGGUCUCGAUCACCGACAGCACGACCGACUCUGACACCGACGGAUCCCGCGUACAAGCCAAGCCCAACCAGCCAACCGACGCCCAGCCGACGAUGAUCAUCAACGGGGUGGGUGUCAUCACCCCGGCAAACAUUCAGCAAGGGCAGGAUAAACCGUUUGAAAACAUCCAGAUUGGUCCAGGGUACCAGGGGGGCAAGAAAUUGGCUGUUUCUGAUCUGCCGGUGAUCUUUGCGGCAGUGGAAUCGGAGGUUGCGGCGCGAUUGCAAAAGACACUUGAUAGCUCUGAUCAGAUUGGGUUGAAGGAUCCCUUUGGACUUUAG